AAAGGAUGGAGAAUUUAUCCCAGAGACUGGUGUUCCAUAUAAGCAAACGUCAAUGGGAAUCAUCCAGAAAUAGGGCGUUCUGUUCAAAACAAAAGCACAGGUCAAUUCUCUAGAGUGGAGGAAGAUAAAAGGAAAACUAAACCAGACACAGCAUUUUUCUCAUUUAGAAAUCAAGAGAAAUCAGUGUAUUUAAAGCCAGCUUCUGUUUUGCAGCACCCUUUUUUUUUUAGCUGUUUCUGAGGAGGGAAGAAAACAAAACAGUUUAAGGAUUCUUUCCCUCAAUAUUUUUUGCAGCAAGAGAUGUCCAUCUUUUUAGAUGCAUCUCUCUAUUAUUUUGGAAUGUGGAAGCCUCCAUGAAAAAAAGCUUGCAGCCAUCUCCUGUCCUGGGUGCCUUGGAGAGAUCCCUGCACAGAACUUAUAUUUCCCUGCCAGAACUCAGUUCCUACUUGCUCUUAGGCAUUCAAGGUCCUUCUGAGGGGGAGCAUUGAGCAACACUCCAGGGGCUGCCCCCAGCUGUAAGGACUUCAGCACUGGCACUGUUUACUGCUCUGGGGCGAGGAGAGGACUUGUUCUUUAUUGACUCUGUGUAAUUUUCUGUUCUGAUUUGCUCUUAUGAUGCAGCGGGUGCUAAAGAUUAACACUGUAAAUGAAGAAUUGCUCUGCAAACAAACCUCGGGUAGGCCACGGAUUUCAUAAACUUUUAAAUGUUAGAUAAAUUUAAUCACGGCUUUAAAGCGAGGGCAGUUUGAUCUGAUUGGGUUUUGCACAGAAUUAUCCUUUUUCAAUGCAGUUUUUUGUCUUCCAGGAUAGCUGACAGCUUCUGUGUGCCAUGAGGGAUCUUUCCUAUGGCUGAGCCUGUGAUGAGACAGCCACUCCUGUUCCUUCUCAUGGUGUGGUUUAUUUUGUGGAUAUGCUGGGCAGAUGAUUAGUGGAAUGACAUGAAGACUUCUAAAAGUAAUCUACUGGACAACUGAGAACAUAGAGAAUUUUUCACUGUGUGAAAAUGUCUUAUUGAUGAGUGCUGACCUGUUUCUGAAUUCAGGGAGUGAAUUGUUUCAAACAAGGUGGGUUGCUUGGUAUAUUGACUUACAUAUGGACACUUUUCUUUUAAAAACAUUUUUUCCCUCCCCUUUGUGACCACAGAAAUCAUUUGUAUGAACCACGUGCUGGUGUGUGCACACCUCUCCCCAGUCACUGCAUUUCAGAAACACUGCAUGUAUGGGUUACUGUGGAGUAUAAGUGGAAAUCCUGAGUUAUCUGAGUUUAAAGGAAAUUAAUCUGAAACUUUCUUAACCCAAGAUUUCAGAUAUCAUCCUUUCUUUUUUAGAAGGGUAGUCAGUGUGAAGAAAUACUACUCUUGGCUGGAGUUGAGGGGUACAUGGAGCUGACCUAAAACAACCUAUGAAAAACAAUGGGCUCAGCCUCAACCCUGCAGAUUUUGGAGCUUCACUCAAGAAACUGAGAGGAGCAAAUAUUUGUAUAACACAAGAGUUGUCAACAGUCUUUGGUUUGACAGCAGUGUGUGGUUGACCAGGCUUCCAGCUGGUAGAGGCAUGCACCCAGGGCCGUGCAGGACUGGACUGCAGUAAAAAGACAUGUUAAAAAUGUGAUGCAUCCUGCCUAGUCAGACCUUACUGACCCAAUGCAUUUGGAAAAAACGAUUAUUAAACAUUCUCCAGCAGCAGCCUCCAAUUUAUUUGCAGAGAUUUUAAUUGCUAAACAAGAUCUGUUAGUGUAGCUUGGUUAGCAUGCCACCUUUUUCCAGCCUCUUUCUAUGGAAGCCUCACCGGUUUUCCUUCUCUUUUCUCCACUUCUGGGAUUGCUGCCUUCUUCCAGCCCUGCCAAAAGGAAGACUCUCAGUGGUGAAGACCCUAGGACAAUAUGCCUGGUUAGACUCAACUUCCUUCAGUUCUGACUCAGCCACCACAGCUCGAGCAGAGCUGAUUCUCUCCUUGCUGCCUCCUUGCCUGCAGAGGAGCAUCUGCAGCAGAAGAGCUGCCCAGGAGCGUGUGCUGCAGUGACCCUGCAGCAGCAAGGUGUGCCCAGAGUACUGACAAAGUGCCUUUUUCCUGGCACUGUUUAUAGUCUGGUGUGAGUAAAUCAGGCCCAGCCAGCUGAAGGGAAAUGCUGCUGAUGGGAUCGUGUCCCGUGCCAGCUCAGCCAUGCCAGGGAGGGAUCAGACUUUGCCCCGCUUUCACAGCUCCGUGGGCAGCAGCCCAGAGGUGUCUCUGCACCUCCCUGCUGUAAAAGCAGCACUUGCCAUCCUCAGCCCAGCUUUUCUGUGGGACACCUGGCUUAGCUGGGAGGGCUGGCAGGGCUGGGCAUCCCCUGGCACAGCACAGCUCGGGCUCACCCUGCUCCAUGCCCUGCACAGAACUUCACAGGAGUCCUUGGCAGAGGAAAUUUUACACACCAGUCUCUGGCUGCAGCAGUAAUGUUUCUGCCCUUUGUAAAGGCUGGGCUUUUUUCAAAGCCUGUAUUCACUCAGCACCUACUUGAGUGUAUUUUUAUUGUAACUAAGCAUGCAGUGCACCUCAGGGAAUAAGUAUUAAAUGUCACUCAUCAAAGUCCAUGAUGCAGUUAGUUGAAUUUUUACUUCUUGGAAUAAAUUUGCAAGUUUUUCUUGUUUUCAAGGAGGUUUUUUGGCAAAAAUCUGAUUUUUUGAGCAGGUCAAAAUGUAUUAUGUUUACUUUUCUCACCGUAUUCUGGCUCUUUAGUUAAUUGUAAAUGUGGUUUCACUCAUGUUUCUUAAAUGUCUUAUUCUAUUGACUCUCCUGUAAAUGAAGGGGAUUAUUAACAAUAUUUGUACCAGUAUUUGCAGGAAUACACAUAUAAUUUUAAAAUACAUCUAUAUGUUAGAAAGUUAACUAGGAAGCUGUAGGGGAUGUUACUCAAACAGCAUUUUGCAUGUUUGUAACUCAGAUUCUUAUGGUGAAAAAGAUUACUGCAGAUUAGCUGCUUGAGGAGGGAGGCACUAACAUUAUGGGCUCCUGAAAAAUAAUUCUUUUUCUUUCUUUUUUUUGGUCCAAGUCACCUUUUGCACAGCAGUUGUCACUUAGAAAAUAAGCCUGUGCCACCACGUUCCACUUGACUGUUUAAUGUGUGUCUCUGAACAGGCUAUUUAGCAUUUACAUAUUCUGAGCUCUCAGCCAUUCAAAUUAAAGUAACAGCUUGUUUGUUGUGGUAUAAAUGAUUUUCUGAGCAGUGAAAGCAUGGAUUUUUAAAGUAACAGCUGUAGAGCUGCACUUCUGAGCUGGCAAAUUGGCUUGCUUUGUCAUUCUGUACUCAAUAUUUCAGCAGUAUUCCCAGUGGAAUUUUUUUUCAUACCUUUCAAAGCACCAAUAUGGACCUGACAUCAGUGAAUCACUCAUUCUUAGGGAGUGGGGAGUCUGGGUGGUUCUGCUACAGCACAAAAGAUUAAAGUGAAUGUGUGACAAAGCAAAAGGCCUUUGGUAGAGCCAGGAAUUCAAAUCCAUGGGUCAAAACUGUUGUUUCUGGAGAAAUUAUAGGACAAGAACUACCUGGAAGGCUCUGUCACACCAUGACCUUCUUUAAUUGCACGGGUAUUAAGGCUGAGGCAAGUUUUAAAUCCUGUGUGUGUUUAAUCACAAGAAAAAUAUGCAAUUACGACUGUGAAGGGAACUGCAGCUCUGCCCUAGCUCCAGUGCAGGGCUCAGGCAGUGAAGAGCUGCCAUCCUGAGGCAGGGGUGGUGAGACUGCAGCUCUGCUCUCUCCUCCUACAAACGUGCAGGGUGCCAUGCAAAGCACGAAGGAUUUGGCCAAAUCAUAAAAGGGAUAGAGGUUUUCCCUUAUUACUUAAUUUUAAGGAAUUAGCUCUUGUCUGUAUAGUUACAGAUGAAGCUAUUGGAACUUGGCUAAAAAGAGCUGUGCUGAACACUGUCGCUGCUUUCCUGUUUGGAAGUUUGGAAGUGCUGAGAGGUUUCAUGAGCUCUCUGCACCAAUCCAGCAGCAAAGAGGAAGCAGCACACAAUGAUUUCCCAUCUCAGUUCACCAAUUUAAGCUCUAAAGAAAGGUUUGAUUAUUAAGCUUGAAAUUUUUUCCUCACAAGAUUAAUCCUUACUUCAGGGAGUUAAUUCCAUUUAUAUCAGUAAGAUUACUCACGUGAGUAACCAGCCACAGAAUUUGCCUGUAGUACUGUGAUUGCCUAGAGGGAAGUGCAAGCAAGUCUGCAAUUAAAGUUACAAAAGGAAAAGGUUUGACCUUUUCUUUUCUUUUUUCUUUUCUUCUUUUUUUUUUAAGUAUAUAUCUCUACUGUUUCAUUGACUAGUGACAAUGGCUUUUGCAUUCUGAGGUGUUACUAAUAGCAGCACAAAAUGUCUUUAAUAAGAAAAAAAUAGGAAAUGCUAAAGCUUCACUGUGAAAGGUAGAAAGAGGAGGAUCUCUGAGUUUUAACUUCAAGAAGCCCUAGGCUUUAUUCAUGUGCAUCACAUUAGUGGAAAAUUCCUUCAUUCAUUUAAGAAGAUAAACAGUUGUAACUUUCACAUUUGGUUGAUGUGACAUCAAUGACUGACUGGGACUGCCAGCAUUCCAAAAAGGAUAUCGUCCUCAUCUGCAGCCACUCAGGGCUGCGGGGAGGAGCCUGCAGCACAGGCUGAAACAUUUACAGGUGCAUAAGUACCUAGGGAAGGGCACAGGUGAUGCACCUGUCCCGGGAAAGGAGCACUAGCACAGGUGUGUCACAGCUCAGCAGCUGCCUGGGUUAGAGCAUGAGCUUCUUUGAGCCACCAUCGCACUCCCCUCCACGCUGCAGCCCACAGUUCCCAAACAUCGGCCAAGAGCCUCCGGAGAUGAAUAUCUACUACGAGAACUUCUUCCACCCGCAGAACAUCCCGAGUCCCCAGCGGCCGAGCACCUUUGAGACCACAGAUUACAGCAGCACUCCCAAUCCAUACCUCUGGCUAAAUGGACCUUCCAUCACCCCCCCACCGUACCUGCCAGGAUCCAACGCCAGCCCCUUCAUCCCGCAGUCGUACGGGAUGCAGAGGCAGCUCUUGCCCAACGUGCACGGCUUGGGAGGAGCUGACCUUGGCUGGCUUCCCCUCCCAUCCCAAGAGGAGCUCAUGAAGUUGGUGAGACCACCUUACUCCUACUCUGCCCUCAUUGCCAUGGCCAUCCACGGGGCACCUGACAAGAGGCUGACUCUGAGCCAGAUCUACCAGUACGUGGCUGACAACUUCCCGUUCUACAACAAAAGCAAAGCUGGCUGGCAGAAUUCCAUACGGCACAACUUGUCUCUCAACGACUGCUUCAAGAAGGUGCCUCGAGAUGAAGAUGACCCAGGAAAAGGGAAUUACUGGACUCUGGACCCAAACUGUGAGAAGAUGUUUGACAAUGGAAACUUUCGCAGGAAGCGGAAGAGAAAGUCUGACAUUGAGGCCAAUGCUGCUGCUCUUGCAUCAGAGAAAUCCGAGGACAGUACCCUGACAGGCAGCCCCAAAGCUGCAGAGCAUCAGGAGAUCUUGGAAAACUCAUCACCUGGGACUGACAAUUCCCCUGAGAAAGGAUCUCCUCCUCCCUCCUCCAGCAGCCCCUGCCUCAGUAACUUCCUCUCCAGCAUGACCGCCUACGUCCACGGCUCCAACUCGGGGAGCCGCUCCGGGCCCGUGGGACUCAGCUCUGAGCCCAUUGACAAAAUGGGGCAGAACAUGGUAGGCUUCAAUUCCUACACCCCACUCUCCAGUAUUCCCAGCCAUGGUGUGGGAGACUGGUCCAAUUCCAUGCCUUCCAGUCACCUAGGCCACAGCAACCCAGUGCUCAACCAGUUUAACACCCAUUUUUACAGCAGCCUCAGCACAAACAGCACCCUGUACUCCAGGGAAGGGACAGAGGUUUAAAUGAAGGAUUCUAGGACACUAAAGGAUAGUUAUUUAUGAGAGGAAACGAUCCAUGGGCAGGUGAUUAGCAUUAGCCUCUUGUCUCUAGGGCCACACUGCAUCCUCCUCCCGACAGCCACAAACUUGUUGCCCAUUAUACUGAAAUCACAAACACUCCACAUUUGGCAGCUGCACGUGGAAAAUCAGGGAUCCCAAGAGGAAGAAUAGUAAAAAGGUCUCCUCAGACAUUGCUUGUACUGCUGCCAACCAGGGUUCUCUACAGAAGUCCUUGAGAAGUUACAGCUUGCCUUAGGGAAGAGGCUCUUUCUGGCAUGGCAUUAACAUUGCUGUGCUUUUUAAAGUGACAACAGAAAUGUGGUGGUACCUUUAAAUAUCCUGUCUUCAGGUAUAGGCUGCCUGUACUAAAUGUUCAGCAAGUUCUUAUUUGGCCAAAGCUCUCCUGAACACUGCAGAAUCCAUGAUAAAAACCACUGUAUAGUAACAACCAACACUUGAAUGGUGAGUGCUGCCUUUGGCUUUCUCUCAUGCCAGUGCAGACCUUGUCUAAAGCUUGAUCCCCUUCCAGUCCCACGGGGAAUGUGGCUGUGCAGCAAACUGACAGCAUCAUGGACACAACAGGAAUUUUCAAGCUGCAGGGAAGCACAACAAAAUACACUGGAAUUGUCUUGCUGUUGGAUCUUUGUGUUUUCAAUUCUAAUAACAGGGUCAAUUUUAUUCCUUACACAUGUAAAUCUAACCACAUAAGGGAAACAGGAUCUGUCCUGCAUAUAUAAAUAUAUAUGUUUAAGACAUGUUUUUUUUUCUAAGAAAACACAUUUAUUUGUUAUAUCUUAACUUUCUAUGUGAAUUAUUUCUACUGAAUAAAGGGUUUGAAUACUGGAGUGGGAGGUGAGGGAAGAAGAAAAGGGAGGUAAGAAGUUUAACUGUCUCUGAAUUUCAGUUUCAAAGGCUGGAUCUUUCAGAGUAUCAACUGCAGAUAUUGUAAAAAGUCUCUGUACUGUAUUUUUUUCAUUUUGUAAAAGUCCACGCUGUUCAUCCUUGUGUAAUUAGAAAUAAUUCUUAUUUUUCCUACACUCUACUGCAGCAACAAACAUUUCAAAAUAUAGAUGAAGUUUUUUUAAACCAAGACUUGACUCGAGUUCCACAUUCAUGUAGAGUAAUAUCUCAAAUUGGAUAACCCCAGAAGCAUUUUUAAUAAAGCAUUUGUAGAGAAGAUUGUGUACUUGUGUUUGAUUGUACUGCACUGCUCAAGCUUCUAAAAGUCUCCUUACCUGUGUGACUUGAGCAAUUUGUGUGAGGAAGAGCAGGGUAACGGUAGCAGAAGGUCAGAUGCUGAGAGGACAUGUCCAGGCCAUCAGCAUUUGCAUGCCUGGCAAAUAUAAAUGGCUGCUAUUAUGCAAAAUAUUAUCACUGAAUAAAAAUUAUCCUUGGAGUUUCCCUGCUGGAGUAAAGUGGUGCCAAUCAUUUAAAUUUCAGAAAGCAGACUGUUUUCACCUGUCAAUUAGCCAAUAUGACUGCAAUUUUCCUGCAUUCUUAUUUACUAUUUAAUUUCUUUUAUGAUUCAAGUUUUUCACUAUCUUGAGGUUGCUCUGACUUUUCCUAGUUUUAGAUCUGCUAUAAUAAAUUGCCACUUGGGAGUUGAAGCCUACCUACACCACCGACACCUUUGUUCAAUAAAAAAAGAAAAUGCCAUUCUGGUGGUGUCCUUGUGCCAUCACUGCAAGUUUCACUCAAGCCAGACACGUGCUGAGACCUGAGCUGUAACUGCUGCCCUCAGAAUCUUCCAACCCUUGCAGAAUCUCAGCCUGCUGGGUGGGCUGCAAGAUGCCCUGCAACUCUGCAGUGGCAGCAUUUGUCAUAGAGAUUUGUUCAUGUUAAAACUGAGAAAUGUCUUCAGUCACUGUGCUUAUGCCUUGGAUUCAGCAGACAUGCCACAAAUUGCCCAGAAAUACAGAUCCUGUAGAAUAUAUGGUCCACAAACUCAGAGGAAUUGUAUUCUUUAGGGCUGAAAUGGAAAAUGUUCCAUUAUGAACUUGGAGACUAAAAGUGGCAGGGGGGGAAAGGUGAAAAAUAAAGAAGAAUGACAUUGCUAAGUGACAGAAGACAGUAAAAAGCAACUCCUUUGUCACUCUGC